AUGGACGACAUCAGCGUCAGCCUAACUAAGCAAAGCGACCCAAAAGGGGCGCCUAGCAUGCUCCGGAUCUACGGUAAUGACGCCUAUCGGGCAAAGUUUCGGCGAUCUCGACCCAUCGAUGCCCCUCGUGCUCGAUAUACAGGUUUCAAGAAUGAGACCAUAACUCUUAAAUCGGGCACCAUUCGUCGAGAGGGUGCGCUUGCUCUUCCUCGCGACAUUGUCUUCGAACGUGAUGUUGCCGUCACGCUUCGAGACGGAACCACCAUCUACGCCGACAUCUUUCGUCCCACAGAGGACAAGAAGGUCCCGGCAAUCGUUGCCUGGAGCCCCUAUGGCAAGCAGGUUGGUGGUAUGUCCCUCUACGAUGUCCCCCACCGCGUGGGUGUCCCGCUCAGCGCUACCUCUGGCCUGGAAAAGUUUCAAGGACCAGACCCAGCCUACUGGGUUGGCCAAGAAUACGCCAUCCUCCACCCCGAUACUCGCGGCGCCUAUGCCUCUGAAGGGAACACCACCUUUUGGGGUCGUCAGCUCGCAGAGGAUGGGUACGACUUUAUCGAGUGGGCUGCCCAACAGCCCUGGAGCUCUGGGAAACUGGCCUUGUCUGGAAACUCUUGGCUGGCCGUCUCACAGUGGUACAUUGCUGCAGAGCGCCCGCCUCACCUGACUGCCAUUGCCCCCUGGGAAGGGCUUGCAGACCCCUUCCGGGACAUGGUGAACAGAGGCGGGAUCCCCAAUCUCGCGUUCACAGAGGCAGUGAUUGCAACAUGCAUGGCCGGUAAUACUUUUGUCGAGGAUAUGCCCCAAAUGGCCAUAGACCACCAAACAAUAAACGAGUACUGGGAGGAUAAAGUUGCUCGUCUCGAUCGCAUCUCCGUUCCGGCGACGUCGUCUCGAGCUACUCCAACCCGAUCCAUACCCACAGUACACUUGCUGGCUUCUGAUCCAUCCGCUCGAAAGACAAGUGGCUCAGAACCCAUAACACACUAUUACAACCCAGAGAACGUCGAGGACUUGAGGAAGUUCUUUGAUUACUAUUUGAAAGGGGAAGAUAAUGACUGGCAAGCUACUCCCCGAGUGAGGUUGUCGAUCCUUGACCCCGGACAUGCAGACACUUUCUACCUUCAUGCAGACCACACUUUAUCCAAUCAACAUAUGACGACAAGCAGUAAUCUCUCAUACGAGACGGAGACGGAGAACAGCCGUAUCACUUUCUCACAUGUCUUCGAAAAGAAGACAGAGGUGGUCGGAUACAUGAACCUUCAUCUGUGGGUUGAAGCUGUUGGCUCUGACGAUAUGGAGCUCCUAGCCUCCGCUGAGAAGCGUGACAAGGACGGGAACGUGCUGCCAAACGCGACUGGAGAGGCCCCCAUCACCACCGGACUCCUACGCGUCUCACACAGGGCAUUGGGUCCUGAGCUCUCAACAGAGCUUGAGCCCCGCCUCACACACAAUAAAGAGGAGCUACUGUUGGCGGGCCAGAUCGUUCGGGUAGAGAUUGGGCUGUGGCCGACGGCGUUGCGGUUCCACCCUGGCGAGCAGCUCGUGUUGACCGUCCAAGCGGCCCCCAAGCCGCCUUCCAAUGUAGAUAUGGGGUUUGGUGUUUCCAUGAUACCCGUUCCGGCUCGCGGUGGAACAUUCAAGCCUGGCGAGAACGUUGAGAUGAUUGAGCUUGGAGGCGGGAUGGAUUCGCAGCCUGAGUUUGUCAACGCUCAGCGGGUUGAGAAUCCAGCGAGCAGGAACAAGGGGACACACGUGUUCCAUCUGGGUGGCGAGUAUGAAAGUGUCUUGCUUGUGCCUCUGGCUGAAGUUUCGUAA